UUUUUCCUCAUUUUCCCCCUCGGGUGACCUCUUUGCACAUAUCUCACUCGCGGUCGACAAACAUCGGCUACGCGUGUUUAGCACUUCCACUGAAAAGGUCGUGUCGGAGAAAAUCUUCAAGGAUGCUCGUGUCACCUGUAUGCAAUGGAUUAAGCCCCCGGAACACCGACGGGGCCACAAGAGCAGAAAGAAGCGAAAUAGCGAGACAGCUUCGGAAGCCCAGGAGGCUAGUUCAAUUCAGCAACAAUCUUUGGUAAUUGGCUUCUCUUCCGGGGACAUUACAAUUUUUUCGCCUUACUCGAGUGAAGUCACGCAUUCGUUGUCGAGUCCGAGGUCCACGUCUAGCAUCCUCUCUAUAGCGAUUCCCGAAAGCAAACAUAGGGAUGAGAUGAUUUGGACGUCGGGCCAGGAUGGGAUCCUCAACGCGUGGAGUCUCAAGAGUGGGCAAUUGAUCAACAGUUGUUCCUCACAUCUUGGGGCCACUGGGACUGGUCGCACACCUUACUCCUCUAUAACCCACUUCUCUUCGAAGAGCAGCCAUGUGGAUACCUUAUUCGUAGGGUAUAAUUCCAUUAAAAUCGUGCGCCUCGCAAGGGAGACAGAUGACGAAGAUCAAUCCUCUCAACCCAGCCAGUUGCGCGAACUUGCCACAUUCAUUGGACAUGCUUCCCGCCUUUUGUGUCUUCGAUGGAUUUCCGUCUCCCAUUCCGAUAGCGAAUCGGAUUCCCAAAUACUUGCCUCGAUUGCAGAGGGUGACCGCUUUGUUUCGAUAUGGCAAAUCCCUGCGCCAGGCGACCCGGAUGACCGCGACAGUUCCUCGUCCUUUAGUAUCAAAGAGGGAAGAUUAAUAGCUUCCAUCCCUCUUGACACCGAUGUGCGAUUCAUCGAAUUUUCCAAGACUUCGUCAUCCAUAUCUCUACUGGUUCUUUCAGCAUCAGGGUCUCUGCACGUCUACCCGAUACCUACCACUAUCGUAUCAUCGCUCUCCAAAAAGCAGGCGCCGCCAAUCAACCUCAGUGUAGGCUCGACCAUUGUCACCGGACCUUCUGAGCCUUUGGUGGCCACGGCAGGCUUUGCUGCCAGUAACAAAGAAGCCCCGGUAAUACGCAUUGCCCGUUAUAUCAGAGGCACACGACCAGUAUUCACUUCCAUACAUUUCCUCGACGACGAUGGGAAUUACAUUCCCCAAAUCGAACUCGAAGCUCCCCUUUCUAACCCCACGCAGGCGGAGGAAGAUUCCGGGAUUCCCAUCCAAAGGUAUCGUGAGGCUGAAGAGUCAACUCUUCGCACAGGGAAUGAAUUGGUAUCAGACGGAGAAGACCCCUAUGCUGCUCUGAACAACGAAGCUGAACUGGAUGGUGAUAUGGCUGAGCUUUCUCUGGGAGAGAAACUUGCCAUCGCCUCUGCCCCUCCGCACAUAUCAACGCUGGACUUAGACUUAGUGGCCGAGGGCACAAAAGACUCAACCAUAUCAAAGCCCUCUGACCCGCUCUCCCUCACUCGGACACUCGUUCAGGCAUUACAUUCCAGUGACUCGGAGCUCCUCGAGACAGUGCUCAAUACCAGUGAAGACUCGGUCGUUGCAAGUACUAUACGGAAGUUGCCAGCCAGAUUUGCGGCGCCAUUGAUUCAGGAAUGUGUAUCCCGUCUAAAUCGUGGCAUAGGGUCGGCGGGUUUCAAGUUUUCAAGAGGAUCAGGAAUAGAUGCAGAGAGAGGCGGCGUGCUGAUAAAGUGGUUACGUGCAACCCUCAUCGUACACGCAUCAUACCUCCUAACUGACCCACAACUUGUGAAACGGCUAGCCAAACUUCACACUACAAUUGCAUCCCGUGUUGCUUUCCAAGAUCGCCUGCUGGCAUUACAUGGCCGUCUUGACCUCCUUCUCGCGCAGAUCGAAAUGCGCUCACGAAAUGGCGAGUCCGCGCUCGUUUCCGCUGCUGCACUCUCUGGGAAAGCAGUAGACGAACAAAGGGAAAGAUGGGCCCAGGAAGGCGAAGCUCGACGUGCUCGGAGAGAAGUUGCGGUUUCCAAGUAUGUUGAAGGCGAGAGUGAUGAAGAGGAUGAAGAGGACGUGGAUGUUGAGAUGGAUGAGAAUGAAGGAAGCAUCGAAGAUGUUCAGCUCGGUGAGGAGAGUGCAGGAGAGUCGGGUUCAGAUGAUGAAGGGAACGACGAGGAUGAAGAUGAGGAUGAAGAUGAAGACGAGGACGAGGAUGGAGAAGAGGACGAGGACGAGGGAGACGAUCAAGAGGAUGAUGGGGACGAAUUGAUGGAUGAGGUUGAAGAUGAUUAGUAAGGACGCGGAGGGUAUUAUCAAGCAGGACGACGGUAAAGACAACUACAGUUAAUACUCAUAUUGUUGCUUGCCUUCAUUUACGCAUUUUGAUACCAAAACGAAGUUCUCAACAUUGGGAAACAU